AAAGCUGCAGAAAACCGCUGUGUUCCCCUUGGACUUUGGGUGUAGCACACUGCAUAAGAUAUACAUGAACUUGAAUGGAUUUAGAGAUUAAAGGAGUAGCUGUAUCUUCUAGGAGCCAAACUCAGCUGUUCUCUCGAAGAAAGAAUCCAUUACAUCAAGAAUGGACUUCCAGAUCAUGGUCAACCCAGAAUUCCUGCCCACUUGAGGUCCCACCACUUGAUUUGGGAAGCCUUGUUGACUCUGAUGAGGAGGAUGAUUUUUCACAUGCUCCAAUUAGUACAGUACCUAUUCAUUUUGACCCACCAAAGCUGUCUCCUGCUCUUGGUUGGGCUGUACCAUGUUACAAAACAUAUAUGCAGCAUCAUCUCAGUGAAGUGCAGGAUAUAAUACCUGAAGAUUUACCAGCACCAUCAGGCAAAUAUAAGCUCAAAUAUCAGCAAUAUGAAACUGACAUGAAAGAGGGAUAUAAACAGUACAUUCAGAGAAAUGCUGAAAAGGCAAAAUCAAUCAGUAUACAUGAGUCUUCAAGAAAACAGACUAAUGAAAAGUGUGAUCAAGCUGAGGAAGCCAGCAUGGAUGACCUCAUGACUUUGGAUAGGAAAGCCCUCUUACAGCAAGCUUAUGCAGAAAACCCUUCCCACAAACUACACUGUGCGCAGAAAUCCGAGGCAGAAACUGUGGCUGUAGAAAAGAUGAAGCAGACUGUUGCAGAGCAAAUGAUGAUAGACCAAUUAUGUAGGGCUGUAAUAAGUGAUCCAGAACAAAAUGUGAAAAUCAAGAAAGAAGAGAGUACUUGUUUCCUUCCAGAUUCAAAGGGGACGCCUGUUCGAUUUAGGAAAAGAACACUGCAUGAAACAAAGAUAAGAACCAACUCUACAUUAACUGAGACUGUGCUUUCUCAUAAAUUAGAAUUUGAUGGUCGGAUAUUAUCAAGAAAUGGACGUGAUGCACUCAGAGAACUGAUUGGGUUUUUUUUCAUUCGUGAUAAAUCCCUUACAGUGUAUGAGUAUCGAAGAUUUGGGAAAAAUAGAACAAACGUGCUUCCUUUUAUUCAAAAGAACAUUUAUAUUCAUCAGUGUGGACGAAGAAAAGGACAGCAAUACCAGCUUGGUGAUUUUUAUAUUGGUGCAACUUUGACAUUUUUGAGCUCUGAUCAUCCUAGCCUUCCAGGGAGUAUAAAAGAAAACACAUUUCUUAGACUUCGAAUAACAAGUAUCAAUCAAGUAGCUUUGGAUUCUCUUAAGGCUUUUUCUGGUGGUGCCGAAGAUGUCAUCUGUGAAGAGGCCAAUGACAGGCUGUUAUUCAGGGCCAUUCAAGAUGGACUCAAGAAACAGCUACAUAAAAGUGGUGUUCGUAUUUUGACUGGAUUGGGAAAAUAUUUUCAUCAUUUGGACAAAGAAGGAAAUGGACUUUUAGAUAAGGCAGACUUUAAGCAAGCUCUGGAAAUAUUUCACUUAGAAGUUUCGGAAAAGGAUUUUGAGUCUUCCUGGCUCAUUCUGAAAGGCAAUGGGAGUGACAAGGACAGAGUUGAUUACGGAGAAUUCAAGCGUGCCAUUAUUGGUGAAAUGAAUGAAUACAGAAAAUCAUUUGUUCGAAAGGCCUUUAUGAAACUCGAUUUCAACAAAACAGGCACUGUACCCAUCAUAGACAUAAGAAAAUGUUAUUGUGCAAAGAAGCAUCCUCAAGUGAUCUCAGGCCAUUCUACAGAAGAAGAAAUCAAAUCAUCUUUUCUAGAAACAUUAAAAGAUGCCUGCAACAAGUCUGAUGAAGUGUCAUAUGGUGAAUUUGAAGACUACUAUGAAGGUCUAAGCAUAGGGAUAGCAGAAGAUGAAGAUUUUGUUAGGAUCUUAUGUACCCCGUGGGGAAUUUAGUAUAUAGUAAGGUGCAACUCAUCAGCUCUAACAAUUUUAUAGAAGAGAUGAGUUUUGUGUAAAAUAUGAUUGAAUCUUGGAAUGUGUUUCUUUAAUGUUCCCUUUAUAAUUUUUUUCUUUAAAAAACUGUAUCUGAAAGAAAUUUUCAGAAAGAUAGAUGCAAGUGUGUGCGUGUGUGUGUGUGUGUGUGUGUGUGUGUCUGUGUAUGCUUAACUGUGAGUUUGUAAAGAUGUGUCUUUUUGGUUAAUUGCCCAUCUUGGGUAAACUUUAGAGGACUUUUAAAAAAUAGACUCAGUAGGAGAGUUCCAUCUUUAUCAAACUAUAUGAAGGAUUUUAUAUAUUAAGUUACCAAGUUUCCUGUGUUUUCACAUUUUUGGUAACCUUUCCCUAAAAUGAAAUGAAAUGAAAUAAAACAAAAUUGUUACCAUUCUUAGGUUAGUUAAUUGAGAUAGAGCUCAAGGUCUAUAAAGCCAAAAUAUUUCAAUUUGUUUAAACAUGUGAAAGUAUUAAAGUAUAUGCAAAAGAGAAUUUCAAAACAGUAUGAUCUUAGAUACUUGCCUUGAUAGAAUGGUUGUAA